CAGUUGGUGGCCUUGCACAUAAGCUCUGGUUGUUUUAGGACUUUGUACGGAGUGCUUCCAAGUGAGUAAUGUGCCUGUCCUCUCAACAAUAGGCAUACCUGCAACAAGCCCAAGACCUGGUCAUUCUAGAGAGCAUUAUACUGCAGACCCUGGGUAAGUCUUCCAGAGCGGCUGGAUAUGUGGUACCUGAAAAGCCCUAACAAAGCUUUGUCCACAGCUGUGGACCAAGACUGACCUGGAGGACGAGUCUGCAGAAUAAAAGUGCACUGUUGGUUAAUAAUGUUUGCCAUGUUGUUGUGUUACCAAAUGUGAUCUUUUGAUUCCAUAGUUUUUAGUCUCCAUUAUUACCAGACAAAACUUACCCUCAAAUAUACCCUUUUUAGGAGGACGAGGAGUCUCUUAAAGGGUACAGUGAUGGUAACAUUGCUUACAUGGUUUGCUUAUAUAAGUGAUGUUUAAUAGUAUUAUCAUAGAUCAUGACUGUUAUUGAUAUUACAAGGUUUGUAUUUUCUAUAUAAUUACACAUAUGUUUUUAGACCUAUACUAGGAUAUAGAAAGUAAAUGGAGAGGAUGUCACAAAUUGAGAAACAUGAUUUGCGGGCAUUUACCUGGAUCUCUGACUUAUUUUUCAUCCAUGUUUUUAUUCAAUAUUUUCAGAGUAAUCAUACAGUCUUCUAGUAAGCUGAUAUAUGUGGUACAUUAUAGCUAUUAACUUCCUUUCUUCUUGCAGGAUUUGAGAUUACGAUAGACCAUCCUCAUACCCAUGUUGUGAAAUGCACUCAGCUAGUCCGAGGUAAUACAUUCUUAUAUAAAUAUAUACUCCACUGUUUAGAAAUUAUAUAUUAUAUUAUAUUUAACAUCUUCACUAUGUUUGAAAUGUAUUUGCCAUUUUUGUUUGCCAGGGGUAUAAAAAUGUUCACACUAUUGAUAUCUAGAUUUAGGCAGAGGAAGUAUCAAAUAGUUAUUCUUGUUAAUCUUUAGACCCCCAAAAAAGGUAAUACGAUAAUAAAUUAAUACUCUCUUCAUUAACUCAUAAAAUAAAAAAUAUUACAUAUUUGGUGGCUGUUUUAAACAAGGGAAAAAGGGAAAUGAGAAAGAAGCAUAAACAGUUCUUAUAGCGAUUUACAAGAUAUGAAAUGUUUUGUUCAGCAAUAUCCCAGCUUUUUUUAUUACCUUGUUUUGUUUUGGUGCACUUCAUAAAGGUGAUGUAGUAUGAUAAAAGACUAUAGUGUAAGGACACAAAAUAUAUGUACAUAGCUGCACAGUCACGUAAUAUAGCCUGUAGGAAAGCUUAUACAUCCCAUAGCUCCCUAUUCAACAGACAAUGUAUAUAAUAUUUGAAGCAUGCAUGACUGUCUACUAAUUUUCCAAAUUCUAUGUACUCUCACAAGUUUUUGCAGUGUUGAUGAAAUUGGAAUUGCACUAUUUUCUGAUAUCCAAUAUCUGUGCAAUUCUGCUAAUCACAUGUUGACAGUCAUUAUCAAAUACUUAAUUAAAGGAUGUAUUCUCCUUCCACACACACAUUUUAGAUAUCAUACUGAAACAUAAGGCUCAUUCCCAGACUGGAACCUCUUUCAAAUUGCUAAGUAUAUUCAUAGGUUUAUAUUCCCAGUCCUUUCUUUCUCUUGUUGAUCUUAAGUUUUCUUUUCUCAUAUGACCUGUGCUGUGAUCAUACUGCAGAAAUGAUGUCACUGGCAGGUCAUUUAUUUUCUUUUUAGUGGUGUAAUAGUAGAUUAAUAUUAAUAGUAUGUUAAUUCACUCUAUCUUUUCUCCUCAGCGAGCAAGGAUUUGGCACAGACAUCUUACUUCAUGGCAACAAACAGGUUAAUAUCCUGACUUACUUUUCAGUCUCUUGGUGGGGACUUUUUCACAGUGGUAUAUUGGAAUGGAACAUUUAUGGGUUCUAAGUUAUGUUGGGAGUCUUCAUCACAGGUUUACCUACUUCUUUUUUGAGAAAGACACCAGAAGUAAGUAUUUUCUCUAAUACUUGUUUUAAUUUCCCAUAGCCUGCAUUUAACCACCUUCAGCCUUCAGUAUACACCCCCAGUUGUGGCAUGUGUCUGCAUUCACCUGGCCUGUAAGUGGUCGAACUGGGAGAUCCCUGUAUCAACAGAUGGAAAACCAUGGUGGGAGUAUGUGGACGUAACUGUUACUUUAAAACUUUUGGACGGUUAGUAUUAAGUAAUUGUGUUCUUAAUUGUACUUUUGUAUGAACAUGCCAUGACCAAUCUAUAUUUUCUAUCUUCAGAUAGAUGAUGGUGGUUGAAAUUAUAUAAAUAUUUGUAGAUCAAGUUUAGUCAACUUUGCCGGUAAAUUACCUUUUGGUUCUUUUUUUUCGGAUGCAGGGACGAGCCUAAAUAAGUGAAAAUCAUUUUCAAGCACUGCUAAUUGUAUUGUCCUUAGUUGCUUUGGAGUAAUGCAUUUCCUCUUUUGGUUAGUCCAUAUUUCAUAUUUUGUUAUGCAUGAGCUUUUACAGUCCCCAGAAAACCACCCAAUAAGUUAUACAAUAUAUAUUAUCUGUUUAGUUGUGGAUCACUGUUGUGAUGAGCUAUAGCAAUUAAAUAAGCUGGGAUCACUUAAGGCAGUGACCCACAGCUAAAUAGUUAUAGGAUAUAACAACUAUAACAGUUAUAACAGUGUGCAUAAGAGAUAAAGGGGGGAUAGGUAAAUCUGUUAGUGAGUGGGGUUUGAGAGACUGAAGGUAGUGAGAGAUAAGAUGCUUGGGGGGAAAUAGGAGGAGGUCUCUCAGAGGCACUAUGGGGAUAUUCUAUGACAUAGUAGAGAAAGGCAUAGGGUGUCAUGACUGAUAUGGACAAACUAAAUUAAUUAAUGAUAUAGAGCACAAAAAGUUAAUAUAUAUGUUUCACUUUUAAACAUGUAAUCUUUCUUUAAUAUUAAUAUAAUUUAAUGUCUUUUAAAUAUUUUCUCUUACUGCACACAUGAAACUGAGUACGUUGUGUUAAUCAUAGGUGAUCCUAUGCCUUACCAGAGGUGGUGUAUAAUUGGCAAUGCACAGGGCUACUACCAUCAGAGCUCUGUGUGGUGUGAUUUGGAAAAUGAAACAUUUCCUUGUAUGGGGAGGGGGAUCAUCUCACUAUACCUCAAGGAAAUUAUCUUCCUGCACCCUCAAGGUCUUGAAACAGAAGGGUGGCUAAAUGUAUAUGUUUGUGUAAAUCUUUGAGUAUGGUAGUGUUUAUGUUUGUCUGCAAAUGUGUAUCUCUGUAUUUGAGAAUUUAUGUGUAGAUGGUAAUAUGUGUGCAUAAGUUUGUAUCUGCUUGUAUGUGUGGGGUAUCCUUACAAAUGAUUUUCUAAAGGGCCACAUGAUUUCUGAUGGUUGCACCUGCACCAAAAUUUGUAUUGCUUCUUGUUAUUUCUGGAUUUUCUUUGCUGUUUUUUUUUUCCUGACAUUAUUUGCUUUUUAUACAGUCAUAGUUUUUCUAGUCUGUUUCUAUAUUUCAAUACAGGAUGUAUAUACAUAUAGGAUGUCCAUGAGUUAAUGUGGUGGGAGGAAAGACUGGUUAUUGUAAAUUUUUAUAAUCAGUUUUUUUUUUGGGUGGGGGGGGGGGUUGUUCUGUUCAUAAGGGUUGUUCUGUUCAUAAGUCCUCUAAAAAUAUAUAUUUCAUUUGAGUUUUGCAUGUAUUUUGUUGUUCAUUGCAGAGCUGACUCAUGAGUUUCUUCAGAUUCUUGAAAAAACUCCCAAUCGUUUAAAGCGGAUCAGAAACUGGAGGGUAAGCUAAUGCAAAUCUUCUUUUAAUGAUUACAGUGCAGAUAAUACAUUGUAUAUUAGUCCUCUUUAUCACCACUUCCCUUCACACCAAAUAGGGUCAGGAAAAGACCCCAUAACAAAACAAGACCACCUCUCACAUAAACCUGAAACAGUAGUAGACUACGCUGUGAGAGAAGCAAAAGUUAAAAACAAAUAAACAGUUUGCUUGAUUAAUUUACAGAUUAUGAUUAAACAUUUGGUUGAUCUGUAUAACUUCUAACUAAACCCAGCAAGCAACUGUGCAUUUAGUCACGUGUCAAUAUCAGUUAUAACAUUUCGCAGUUACUGCUCUUCUUCAGUCACGAAACCUAAAUACGUUUUUCAAUGAGAAUGUUGUUCAGGGCAUAUUCACAAUAACAAUUGUAAUAAUCUGCAACUUCUUUAGUUUGACAAUUAGCAUGGGCAAAACUAUUUUUGAUUAGUGCAGGUAAAACUUGAAGAAGACAAAAUCCCUUUGAAUGUAGUAUAUAAUAUUUCUGUUUACUUAUUUACAGAUCAGUCAGGCAGCUAGGAAACCAAAAGAGGAUGGCUGUGAAGAUGAUGAUGACAACAGUCUCAAUGAACAGACAAUUCUUAGGAUGAUCUCUCGAACAGGUGUCAUGAACAGCUCCCCUUUUUCAGAUUCCUCUUUGCAGCCUUUUUCUGCAACAAAGGUGGAUGCUGGAAUGUCAGGUGGACAGUGGGGGGCCCCACUACAUAAUCAGCGAGAGCAACACAGGACUAGUGAACAUAGUGUUUCUUCAGAACAGUCCCAACUAAUUAGCACCAAGCCAGUUUCACUGGCAAAAGUGUCGCUUAAGGAGUAUCGUGCAAAGCAUGCAGAGGAGUUGGCUGCACAGAAGCGGCAGUUGGAGCACAUGGGUGCAAGUUUGAAAGAACAGUAUGCAUGUGCUGCUCAGAGUUUGCUGAUACAGCAACAGAAAGAACGUGAAAGGGAGGUAAACACCUCCCCAAUCAUCUUGAAGAUUCCUUUGCAUGAGGUAAGCCAUGAGCGACAAGAGAAAUCAAGCUUGAAGCUCCGUCUUUCUGUGUCAAGCCGUGAAAAGCAUGAAGAGGGUAAGAUUCGUAUCAAAGUGCCAAAUGAGGAGGGUGGAGGCAGCAGCAGCAGCAAAAGCCGUGAUAAACGUAGCUCCUCAUCCUCACAUCAUCACCACCAUCACCAUAACAACCAGUCUGUCCGCCAGCACCACCAGGAAACAUCUAGCAGCUCAAGCAGUAAAAGAUCGUCUACACCUCUAGUGGGUUCCUCCCACAAAUCAUCAGUCCCUUCCCGUAAAAGACCAGCAUCAGAUGAAAUAAGUGGGCAUGAACCUACUUCCCACAAAGUGAGUAGGACUUCUAAAACAUUGGCAUUUGAAUCUCCUAUGGCACAGGCUACACACAGAUCACGUGCAAGUCACUGCAAACCAGACAAGGAGCCGACUGGUGCCAAUGGACAUAGUGCCCCCAAAGCCAUUGAUUAUCAGGACACUGUAAAUAUGUUACAUUCACUGUUGAGCGCACAGGGAGUGCAACCCAUGCCGCCCCCUCAGUAUUUGAAUCAAUAUGGUGACUAUCGCAGGGCUAGACCUAGCGGCACAGACAAGCCUAAACCUCCCCCACUCCCUGCUGAACCACCUCCCCCACUCCCACCACUCCCUGAAUGAUGACCUGUCUCUGCAGGCUUCACUUGUGUGUCUAGACAGGUGGAUAGAUAUUAGCCACCUUUUUAGCACAAUUUUACCAGCAUACUGUUCUUCUCAGUCUCUGCUCUUCCAUGUUUUUAUUUCCCACACCAACUCUUUUGUCUUCAUACUCUUAACUUUCCUAUUGAUUUUAAAGUUUCUACUUUAGACAAUGUCCUUGGGGUUUUUAUUUUUGUUUUUUGUCAGUCUAGGAUGUCAGCCCCUUCACAAUAUCAUCUUAUCCUUUCUGUACCUUACUCUGUGUGAUUGAUAUCUUGUCAUGGUUGCUCUUUGCCUCUCUAAAACGGGUCAUAGGUUUUAAAAAUAGGUAUUGGAAGCAAUGAGAAAAUGUAACCCAGAGAAUAAGAUGUUGAUGCUAAUUCUGUUUGUUCAUUUAUUUUUUUCUAAGCAUUAUGCUACAGGUACGGAAUAUGUAUAUAGGUUAUCUUUAGUUUUUAUCAAUGUGAUCGUCACAGUGUCAUCUCAGGUCUUCAUUUAUCUUUCAAAGGAUGAUGUAUUUGUCAGGUCGAAUCAUUGUGCAUGUUAUACGGGUUGUGUGUUUACAUAUUAGGCCUUUUGAUAUGAUUUAAAAACACCAGAUUUUUUUAGAGUUACUGCUGUUCACUCUCUUGCAGUCAAUAGAAUUUAGGCCACACAAAAAAAGCUAAAAUCUUUCUUGUAAUUUUGUAUUCCUUUUUUUCUAUCAGCAGGCUUAGAACUUCAAAUCCUUGCAACUGUGAGCAACAGAAAGAAGGAAAUUAGGAAAUUGGGACCUUCUUGCACUAUAAGUUAUGUAAGAUAAUAUGGUGCUUGGAGUGUCUCUUUAAACGAACACCCCAAGCACCAUAAAACACUACAGCCCACUGUUGUGGUUAUGGUGCCAAGAGUGCCUUGGUGCCAUCAAAUGGUAAGUAGUCAAACUGCUUUAGUAUGAUUUGAGAACUUACCUGUGUCCCUCCAGACAAGUGUAUCCACAGCCCAAUCUUCUCCUUUAGGAGACUCCAGUCUAAGCAGGGCCAUGGAGAAUCACGCUUAUUGGUUGAGAGCAUCAGAUGAGCAUGCUCAUCCAGUGAGUCCUGUUAUGCAUAGGACAGGAUCAACUCUGCAGUGACAUCUGGCUUCUCCUAUAGGAGAAGACCGGAGGCAACCUGAGGGGCCCAGAUAACUUGUCAAACCGCACUAAAACAAUUUGCUACUAACUGUGGAAUACUGCUAGGGCAGUCCUGGCCGCAUAACCACUACAGCUGUAGUGGUUAUGGUGCUUGGAGUGUCCCUUAAAAUAGAAAGCCGUUAUCUGGAAAAUGACAGCACAUUGUAUCUUGUGGAAUCCUUCCAAUAUUUUAUAUAGUUGUUACACACCUUGUCACCAUAGCUAAUUAGAAAUUGAAAUGCUGCAUAUGAGCAGCAAAUGUGUUUUACAUAUAUUUUUCAAUAUCAUUUUAUUCUUUAGAAUGAUGGACUCCCACUUGUAUAAUAUAGUACAUACAGACUGUUCAAUGGUGUAUUGUGUUUUCAACAUUGCAUGUCAAAGUGGUGAUCCUUUGUCUGCUUUCAGUAAAUCUAGCAAGGGUAAACCAUGCUAUUGUUUGUCUGCUAUUCUAGUUGUAAUGGUUUUAGAAGGCUCCAUAAGAGAGUGUUUUGUCAGUUGACCAGAUAAUGUUUUUAGGUUAGCUGAUGGUGAAGUGGAGCUAUUUGAAAAGUAUUGCCCAUGAGCGACUUGUUUCUUAAAGGGAUACUACAGUGAAAAUGUUUUUACUAUCUUUAUUAACACAGUCAAAUUAUAUAAGAUACAUUUUAUAGUGAUAUAUGUCUUAUUUCAAACAUUUUUAAUGUUUGGGGGGUUUAUGUUUUUUGUUUUGUUUUUUACCCGUUGCAUUGAGAUAUGUUCCUUCCACUACUAGAAGCAGAGCUAAAUUUCUGUAAUUCUUUCAUUCUGCAGAGGUUUUUUAACAUAUGGCAAAUGAGAGGAGGCUAGUAAUCUUGUAUGGGAUGCUGCCACUAAUCAAAUAAUAUUUACAUCAAGGUCAUCCAGAAUUAUUUGAAUUCCAUUUCUUAACUGAGUGUAAGAGCUCUAUUCACAAUACCAGUAUCUCUGUUGCUCUAAAACAAUUUAGCAAUAGUUUACAGUGUCCUUAAAAUGAAAUCGGAUAAACCAUUUAAUAAGUGUCCCUACAAAAGUAAAAUUAAACCUAUAAAUAAACGCAGUCCUUUAAAGGAACAUCUAAAGCACCACAGCCAUUACAGCACAUUGUAGUGGAUAUGGUGCCAGACGUGCCCUGGUGCACCCUGUUAUAAGUUCAGUUUUAGAAUGGUAUAAACUCUUACCUGGAAUCCAUCAGGCACUGCUCUCCACUUUCGCACCUGAAAGCGGGGCUUAGCUCAUUAGCUGAGCGUAAUCAGCUGCUGCUCUCAGCCACAUUGCACUGCACGGCUUAGCUAAGGUAAGCCGACAGAAGUUCAUAAAGGACACCUGUCACCUCAACACAAAUUCUUAACAUAAAGAUCCUUUCAUCAAUUGUAUUAUACUUUUACAGUGUAUGUUAAAAAAAGGAAUGCCUUCCUUUAGUAUAUGACAAGAUCCUUCAGCCAUAUACAUACACCGUGGGUCAGACAGUGUUUCCCUGCUUCACUCCCUGCACAGUGCAGUGACAUCAUCAGACCAACUAACUGUCUAAUUCAAGCAUAUCCUUUCAUAUACUAAAGUAGGUAUGAGAUUUUCAUUUUUUUUGAACUGUUCAUUAAACAAAAAAAAUCUAUUUCCUUUCAAAAUUUGCUCAAUGGGUUAUUAUAUUUAAAUAGUGUUAUGGUGACAGUUUUCCUUUAAGCAGAAGCUUAUGGCUUUCUGUCAGAAAUAGUGCAGGCAAGGAUGCAGCACCUGGCAAACCUGUAAGAAGUCAUACCAGUCUGAUAGCAAACAUUGCAGUGUGCCAGGGCACUCCUGGCACCAUACAGCCCCUGUAGUGGUUAUAGUGUUUGGAGUAUUCUUUUAAUAAGAUUUUGACCCUAUAGAUAAAUGAAAUUGAACAAGCAGUUUGUGAAUUGACUGGCAUAAUUUGAAACUUCACAUUAAUGACUCAUUAAAAAAAUUGUCAACUAUUUCUUACGUCAUUAUUAUAGAUUUACAUAUUAGUAUAUACAUAUAAAUAUUUAGUCUCUGUCUUCCUUAAUAUCCAUAUUUUAAAGUCGGUAAAAAUAAUUUUUUAUUAAUUUCUUUUGCCACAUUUUUUACUACUUGUGUACUGAAAAGUCUUUUUUUUCAGGAUUUCUUACAAAAGGGACUGUAAUGUAAAACACUGAUUUGGAUAAUUAAUUAAUGGAAAUAUAAACCUGGAUCUUCGGUAUAGUUGAGAAUCCUAAAAUGUAUUUUGCUUUUGUUGAUCUCAGCUAGGAUCUUUCAACUAAUUUACAUUACAAUGGUUGUUAGGGAUCUCAAAUCAAUUUUUUAUUAUUUUUUUUUUAUAGGUUGGUGAAUUUUACCAAUUUUUUUUUUUCUUAAUGUAGAUCACUUACCAUAUUUUUUAGAAAAAAAUAUAUUUCUUUAAAGCAACCAUGCUGGUUUUUUUAAUUUAUUUUUUUUAAAUGUAUUAAAGGGACACUAUAGUACCUGAACAACUUUAGCUUAAUGAAGCAAUUUUGGUGUAUAGAACAUGCCCCUGCAGCAUCACUGCUCAAUCCUCUGCCAUUUAGGAGUUAAAUCCCUUUGUUUAUGAACCCUAGUCACACCUCCCUGCAUGUGACUUGCACAGCCUUCCGUAAACACUUCCUGUAAAGAGAGCCCUAUUUAGGAUUUCUUUAUUGCAAGUUCUGUUUAAUUAAGAUUUUCUUAUUCCCUGCUAUGUUACUAGCUUGCAAGAGCCUCCUGUAUGUGUUUAAAGUUCAAUUUAGAGAUUGAGAUACAAUUAUUUAAGGUAAAUUACAUCUGUUUGAAAGUGAAACCAGUUUUUUUUUUCAUGCAAGCUCUGUCAAUCAUAGCCAGGGGAGGUGUGGCUAGGGCUGCAUAAAUAGAAAUAAAGUGAUUUAACUCCUAACUGACAGUGAAUUGAGCAGUGAAAUUGCAGGGGAAUGAUCUAUACACUAAAAUUGCUUUAUUUAGGUGACUAUAGUGUUCCUUUAAUCUUUUCAGUGGAAACAAUGGCAACAAAAAAGGGAAAAUGGAAAAAAAUAUAAUAUAUCAAUAUACUUUAUAUUUGUCAACAGAUUAUUAGACUGGACUGUGUGCAAAGCAAAUAUAUUAUUUGUAAAUAAAUAUGUAUAUACUGCUAAGAAAUAUCUAUGCAAAAUGUGCGACUGAAGUUGUAAACCAUGUUUCUUUUUGUGGGAAGCCAACUUUUAGAAACAACAUCAAGUACUUAAGGGCCAAUUAAAAUUAGAUACGGUUAAGUAAAGAGGUGUGUAAUCCCAGUGCAGUAUGCUGUGGCAAAGUUUUGUUUCCAAGAGACAUGCAAAGCAGACAAACAUGUUGAAUAGCAGCACUCUAGCAGUGAACACAAUAUAACAGUGUAUAUAUAUAUGUUGAAUGGAAAUUGAUGUGAUUGUUAGCAGCCCACUCGUUUUGUGAUGUUUGCAGUGGCUUUUCAAAAUAUGUUAGGGUACAUCAGUCUGCUAGUCAGCAUGUUUGGCUGUUUGAAUACACCAUCUGUUCCUUUGGGGUUUGUCUCUCCACAUAAAUUCUGAAUAAAUACUUGAUUUUUGAAGCUGUUUCAUAUGUCGUUAGACAUGCACGGUUUAUCAAUAAAGAGAAAAGCUGAAUCAAAGUUCUAAAACUGGAAAUAUAAUCUGCAACACAUGUUGAUGGUCAGUCUCCAUUUUGAAACUUUGACUCAGAAAUGGUCUUUAAGUCACCUGAACAACUUUAGCUUAAUGAAGCAGUUUUGCUGUAUAGAACAUGCCCCUGCAGCCUCACUGCUCAUUCCUCUGCCAUUUAGGAGUUAAAUCCCUUUGUUUAUGAACCCUAGUCACACCUCCCUGCAUGUGACUUGCACAGCCUUCCAUAAACACUUCCUGUAAAGAGAGCCCUAUUUAAGCUUUCUUUAUUGCAAGUUCUGUUUAAUUAAGAUUUUCUUAUCCCCCUGCUAUGUUAAUAGCUUGCUAGACCCUGCAAGAGCCUCCUGUAUGUGAUUAAAAUUCAUUUUAGAGAUCGAGAUACAAUUAUUUAAGGUAAAUUACAUCUGUUUGAAAGUGAAACCAGUUUUUUUUUCAUGCAGGCUCUGUCAAUCAUAGCCAGGGGAGGUGUGGCUAGGGCUGCAUAAACAGAAACAACAUGAUUUAACUCCUAAAUGACAGUGAAUUGAGUAGUGAAAUUGCAGGGUUAUGAUCUAUACACUAAAAGUGCUUUAUUUAGCUAAAGUAAUUUAGGUGACUAUAGUGUUCCUUUAGUAUCCCCACUAUUUCAGGGUUGCUGAAGUAGUAAUGAGAUCAUUUUUUGUUUUUCUUGCUUUUUCACUCUAAAAAUAGAUUGUUUUCAAAAUCAAUUGGCUGCUUUACAGGACAUGCUUAACAUAAAUAUACAGAGGCCUGCCAUCCACUGCAGCCUAUCUAAAAGGUCAUCUCCAAACCCUUCAUGGCCCUACAUUUUGCAUAACUGUUGCUAUGAAACUACUUACCACGAACUGUCAGUGCAGCUCUGUACUUUUCAAUUUCAUAUCACCUGCCUUAUAAAAGGUGAUAUGUGUUCAUCCUAGAGAAAAGUUUUCCUCUUAGCAGUUUACAAAUCUUAUUUACAUGGCUCUUAUACCAUCUUUGUCUGAAUGUGCUUCACUGUAAAUGAAACAAACAUGAAAUCAGUGUUAUUGUAUGUGGACAACUGUCAAAUAAAUUUCACUUUUCAUUUUUAAAUGUUUAUUACACUUAAUGAAACCUAAUUUAAAAAACAAUAUAUAUAUAUACAUAUAGAGAGAAAGAGUGAGAUAUUGUUUGGGUUUUUGUUUUUUACUAGCAAUGUUGGGUCAGAUUUACUUAUCUAACCACCUACUGUUCAUCCUAAAUUGCCUGCUGCGGUUGCUCUGUGUAAACUUAUAGCGGCCAAGUUAGGUUGAGCAGCAGCAUGGAUGCUCAGGCAGAGAACAAAUAAAAUUAAAAAUAAAACAAUCCACCAAAAACAAUAUACAUCAUUUGAAAAACAAGUAUCAUUAAAAGUAAUGAACUUGAAAAAAAGAGAAAAAUGAAAUAACAGUUGUCCUAUAAGAAUGGUCUGCUGUAGAGACAACCCCUGCCAUUUUAUUAAAUAUGAUGGGACUACAUUGCCCAUGAGGUUUUGCCAGCUCUGUACAACAGAAUCAUGGGAGAUGUGGUCUACUAUAUAUGGAAUGUCAGGCAUACCCGUUCCCAGUCUUCUACAACAGAAUAACAGAAGAUGUGAUUUACUAUUUAUGGAAUGUCAGGAGUCCCCUUUCCUAGCCUUCUACAACAGAAUCGUGGGAGGUGUGGUCUAUAUAGAUUGUCAGGCAUCCCCUUUCCCACUCUGCUUUAUAGAAAUUAAAGGAUCACUAUAGGGUCAGGAACACAAACAUGUAUUCCUGACCCUAUAGUGUUAAAACCACCAUCUAGCCCACCUGGGCACCUCAUGCCUCCAUAAAUAUAGCAAAUUAUUACUGUAUUCAAGCCAGAAGCUGUGGAUGUUCAUGCUGUUUGCCUCAAAAAAAACAAGCAGUCUGCUGACAUCAUCAGAAGUGGUAGCCUGAUCCAAUCACAAUGCUUCCCCAUAGGAUUGGCUGAGACUGACAAAGAGGCAGAGCCAGCACAAGUCAAACACAGCCCUGGCCAAUCAGCAUCUCCUCAUAGAGAUGAAUUGAAUCUCUAUGAGGAAAGUUCAGUGUCUGCAUACAGAGGGAGGUGAUACUGAAUGUUUGGAUGCAUUUUAGGCAGCCAUGACCCAGGAAGGAUCUCUAACAGCCAUCUAAGGAGUGGCCAGUGACGUUAUCACUAGGCUGUAAUGUAAACACUGCAUUUUCUCUAAAAAGACAGUGUUUACAGUAAAAAGCCUGAAGGUAAUGAUUCUACUCACCAGAACAAAUUCAAUAAGCUGUAGUUGUUCUGGUGACUAUAGUGUCUCUUUAAGUUUAAGAUACAAACUAUAACAAAUUAAGCAAUAUCAUAAAUUGUGUCACCAAUGUGCAAUCCAACAGUGGUUGUCAAUCAAGUUAGGAAUUUAGUAUGAGCUGUUAUAGAUAGCAUAUCAGGAAAGAGGUUAGGAAGUAAAGUUAGGGUCAAGAAGAUUAUGGAUGAUUAGGAAAUCAGAAGUUGGUUUUAGGGUUAGAAAGAGGAAGUGGGUUUGGAUCAUACCACCCGUAGUCCCUUUCAAUGCCUAUUCGGUCAUUUUCAACACGAAUAUGACUAUAAUCAGUUUAAUUUUGACAAGUGUUCCAAUUCGUCAUCCAAAGAAGAAGCAAAAAUAUUCCAAUAGCACUAACAGUACAUUUAAAGUACAGUACGACUAAUUUAUUUUCCGUAACAAACCCUCUUUUAAGAUGAAAAAAAUGUUACAAAUAUACUUUAGAUGAAUAAUAUGUGUAAACUAAUAUAAGCUUAGUCUAUAAAGGACAGUUACCCCUUUACUAAAAUAUGUGCAGUUUGUAAUCCCUCAAACUGUCCAGCUGUUAAAAAUAAAACCGUAGCGCAAUGUAAUUAACUGUGACAGGAUAUGAUAAUCCUCUCUUCUAAAAAAAAACAAACCACAAACAUAUACAUAUAUAUAUAUAUAUAUAUAUAUAUACAUACAUAUACAAAAUAUUCAUGUUUAUAUGCUCAUUCUUGAUUUUUGGAAUAAAAAAAAAAAAAAAAGUAAAAUGUAUUCUAAAACAGCUAAGCUGUGACUGUAAACAAUUUGGAGCAUUUUUCCAAAGUCUGCUUUUUUUAGACUAAAUUUUACUACUUAAUUUUCAAUUUACUACAGUUCAGUUCUCAGUGAAUAAACUAGUUUAUAUGAUAAAUGCUUUUUAGGUGUGUGAACAUUGGUGUUAAACUUUAUAUUGGUAAUUGCAAGUAACAACUGUUUCUUACCUUGCGGAGGAUGACAUAUGUCUUCUAUAAUGCUAACCUAGUUGGCUAGGCAUCCUAUGAAAUGUAGCCCUCCAUAGGUGCUACGCCAAAUGUUAGCCAUUGCUGUCAUAUGCAUUACUCAUUCCUUCUACAAGUUCUAUUCAUUUAUAAAAUGCUUGUUGGAACAAGUGAAAUGGUGCCCUACUUUAGACAACAAGUAUUCAGAUUACACUGAAUGGCAGAGAUAAUGGAUAUUCUUGUAGAGUCUGUUGAUACAAAUAUAUAUUUAUAUACACAAAGCAAAUACCUAAGGUAUUAUUUAUUUUAUUUUUGUAACAUAUUUAUCCAUUUAUUUUCUUCCCAUUGUGUCAGGGGGUGGUGGUUUUGUGACAAUGUUCAUGUAUGUGAACAGAGAAACUGCUAUUGGACAUUGAAGAGGUGUGUUGUCACACAGAGUGACUCUAUUGAUUUGGCUUUCCUCACAUCUUUACAGCAGUAUGUAAUUAUUGUUUUUUUGUCUAAGGAAUCGUGUAUUUUAUAACAACUGACUGGUUAUGUAGAAACAAACAUUGUAUUUGCUGACACAGUCCAGGAAAGCAAUGUGCACUAAAGUCUCUAGCCGAAGAGGAACUUUGUAAGGAGUUGUAAAGGAAACGUACUUUGUUUAUUGUAUUAUUUCUUUAUUAGACUAUAUAGGCAAUUACUGAAAUGAAAGAUGUCACCGUGAAGCAAACUGAUCAGAUAAAAGGAAAUUUUAAUAAAGUAGCAGUUCACUGGGUUUGUGAGAGCUAUAUAAUUUGGGCUGAGUUUUAAUUAAGAGUAGAACAAUUCUCUUUUUGUGAAAUCCAUGGUUGUCAGUACUUUGUUACCCCAUUAUAUACCCUGAGCAUCGUGCAUCAGCAGUAUAGGAAAGUAAUAAAGGGAAGUAAAUGUAUCCGUGAUGUGCUAGAUAGUUAUGUUGGAUAAAUUACGGGGAUCAUUCACUGACCAGGGAUUCCAUAGCCAAGUUGAAGGAUUUUUUUUUAAUUUUUUUUUUAUCUCUGCUAUCUUGGCCUUAGCUCUUCAGCUCAACAUAUAAUCACUGAGUGUAAAAACUCCAACAGGGUUCGUCAUUAAUAUGAGGAUUGCCAGGAAUUAAAAAAGAAAUAUCCAAGUCAAGCUUGUUUUCAGUUCGGCUAUUUUAGAAUAAAUCUGAAAUUCACUUUGAAUCCCUGACAAUUCUCACCUUAGUGUAGGCUAAUUUGAGCAUUCUCUAACUCUUGCCAGAUACUUGUCAAAUAUCUCCCAUCUAUAACUUUAAAGCUCUGCUUAGUUGGCACUAUAUAAAUGCUAAAAUUAGAUGGUAAAUAACCCUGCUAGAGUUGUCCAAUUUAUUUUUACAUAUCACAAUAAGCAGAUAUUUUAAAUCAAUUGAUUUGUGCUAAGUAUAAAUCUGAAAACAUACUGGUGUAAAGCUGGACAACCUUGUGAAUGUUUGUUUAUGUGUGAAACAAAAAGAAUAAAAAAAGUUUUACUGUGAGAAUUUGGUUUGAGGUAAUGUGAUAUUUAUGUUAGAGGGAUCAUCUGGUUCUGAUUUGUAAGAUUUUAAUAGCAUAAAGAUUUCACCAGCUUUGCUUUCAAGUCACACACAUGUAUAGUUUAUAUCUAUGUUAACAAACAUAAUAUCACCUUUGUUUCCAAGAUGUAGCUAAAAGAUUGUGUGAAAGUUUACUGGAGUUGUAAGGAAUGGUUGCUUGUAUUUUGUGUUAACUUUUAAUUUGAAUCAGAAUCCAAGGUACCAUUGUACCUUCCUUUUUAAUUUGAAAUAAACAGUGAAUUUCUCUCUGACAAAAGUACGCCUUAACAAUUACUGAGGACUUUCAUCUCAUACUUGCAAAGAUCAUUUUAUGUAAACAACAAUUUAACAUUAAUCACAUCAGUGUUUGAAAGCCUACAUCAAUGGACAAAACAUGGAGUUUCAUAAUGUGAACCUGUCAUGUAAAAAUGAUAGUGGAGCACUUUAAACAGCAGGCAGUUAGGUCUGUACAUUGUACUAGCAUAUUCAUAAAUCAACAUAUAUUUAUUGCUAUCAUUUUUAGUUGACAUAGGGUUGUAAACACAGAAGUUGGUGAUGGUGAGUAUAUGUACCACCCCCAAUCCAGUCUGCUUACAUGUAAUGCUUUCUGGGUUACAUGUGCAGCCUACUCACAUAAAAUAAUAAUAAGUUUUUAGGAUCAUUCUAUCUUGAAUAUGUUUACUAGUAUUUGUUUCUGUAUACACUCAAUAUGGUCACACUGCAUGUAAAUUAGUCAAGUUAUAUAUAUAUUUUUUUUUUAAUGUUUGGCCAACAUUAAGUCGUGUUAAUAACCUUGUGAAACGUUUAUUUUGUUUUUCAUCAGACCAAAGAGCAAAAAAAAAAAGAAUUGUUGGAAGUAAGGCAGUGGAAUGUCUCAGGAAUAGAAGCUAUAUCAGUAAUGGGUGGGCUGCUAUCUGUCCUGUGAAGGCGUGUCGCGACUUCUGGUCCUUAAUAAGCACCCUAGGAGAGGGUGAUGGGAGUUGUAGUUUAGCAACAGCUGAAAAGCCUCAAGCUGCUUAUACACAAGUAAUAUGGUGCUGAGUCAAAUACUGGGGCAAGACGCUUGUUUAGCGCGCUCUCUGCUGUAAGCUUACAGAGCCCAGAAAAGAUCUUUGUCAAAACUGGUGUGACAAAGGCAUAAGAACAAUUACAGCAAGGGCUUUUUAAUACAGCUUGAAUGUCAUAACUGAAUUUUUUAUUCCUGCCAAGAGAUGUUUGAUAUCUUGCU